CCGACGUGCGGUGGCACGAAACGUCACUUGGACUUCCGAUUUCGACCGCCGAUGCAUACGCGCAACGAUCAAUUUGUCUAUUUGCAACUCUGUAUUUAUCGCUUAUUAAACCAUUACAACCAAAUACUUGUGUUUGGCCUAAACAAAUGGUCCAUCGAGCCUCAAGAAACAACAAAAAUACAGUCCGCUAAUUUAAAACGUUUGGAGCGAACGGAGUGCAGCAAAUUAUCGCGACAUCGGCUCAACGGUCGUCGGAAUCAAACAUCGAACAUCAAGACAAAGGAAGUACUGUGUGGACAAGGGAAGAUAAAGUGAGUUCGUUCCAUAUUUUCCCUUCUAAAUCCUCUUCAAUUGGCUUCCUAUUGUAUUAAUAUAAUUGUUCAAUUUCACGCUUACGCAUUUACGAGCGACUAAUUACCAAAUAGUGAAGUACCCACAUUAUAUUUUUUUUUUCUUCGUCGUAUAACUUAUCGAUAUUUUUUUCCUUUUAAUUUAAUAAUGGCCCAACUAGAUGUUUUAAUUCGAAAACGUAGUGGCAUGAAAGCCAAGCUUACCAAUUUUUCUAAUUAUAUUAACUCAAUUAGCGCUUCUGGCAUAAUUUCCGAACUUCAACAUGAAUUGCAAUGUCGACUAAAUAAAUACGAGGCCUUAUACGAUCAAUUCGAUGAAUUACAGGUGGAGAUUGAGGUGUGUUCCGACAAGCCAGAGGACGAAUAUGAGGAACGUUCAAAAUUCGAAGAGCGUUAUUACGCGCUGAUGGCGCAAGCGCGUAGUCUGUUGUGCCGUGAAGGUGCAACGGAUGAUGGCCGCUCUGUUGCAGGCUCGAUAUGCAAACAAGCAGGUGACUCAUUCCAACGCAAUUUUAUUCGCUUACCCAAAAUUGAUUUACCUCGCUUUCAUGGUAGUUAUCAGUGCUGGCUUGAGUAUAGGGACACAUUUUUAUCAUUAAUUCAUAGUAGUGCUUCUAUCGAUAAUAUAAGCAAGUUCCACUAUCUGCGCGCCUCGCUCUCGGGUGCGGCGCUCGACAUUAUUUCAAAUAUAGAUUUUAAAGGCGACAAUUAUUUAAUGGCGUGGCAGUUGCUAUGUGAUCGAUAUGACAAUAGUCGUCAAUUAGUGCAUAAUCACGUGCAGGCAUUGUUCAAUGUUGAACAGGUUUUUAAAGAAUCGAGUCUUUGUUUACGUCGUUUGCUUGAUACAAUUAACAAAAAUAUUCGAGCCUUAAAAACAUUGAACGAGCCGACGCAACAUUGGGAUACGCUUGUAGUUUACAUUAUGUCAAACAAAUUAGACGACGUAACCGGCAGACAUUGGGAAGAAUAUCGUAAUGGCUUAUCGAAACCACCAUCUUUGCAACAAUUUUGCGAAUUUAUUAGUAACAAAGCUGAUUUAUUGGAAACUAUAGAAAAUAAACAAAGUACAAAUGUAAAUAAAACAAUUUCGAAAAAUAACAGUUAUAUAGUCGCAUCAAAUAUAAAUAAUAGUCGUUCCUUUGCACAGUCAAAAAAUAACAACAUGAAAUCUUAUAAUUUGUCAUGUCCUUUAUGUUCAAAAAAUCAUCUUUUAUUUACAUGCGAACAUUUUCGUAGUUUAACCGUUGAGGAACGAUUAAAAAAGGCAAAGGAAUUAAAAAUAUGUUUUAAUUGUUUACGUCCCGGGCACGGUACUAAGCGAUGUCGAUUAACGCAUUGUAAGUAUUGCAAUAGUAAACAUAAUACUCUUUUGCACACCGAAGAGUCUAAGCCUACUUCAUUUCAAGACCCGAUGCCUAGCAGUUCUAGUGUCGCAUUGCCUAUUCACCAAUCUUCAUCAUCCAUUGCUUGCGCUAAUCAAAAUAAUAUUGCUUUGUCGAGUAAUACUUCCAUACAACCUACUACUUCUUCGCAUGUUUUACUGUCCACAGCUAUGGUGAAAGUGAUUGACGACAACGGCAACAGCAUGGACGCACGGCUUCUACUCGAUAACGGCAGUACGGCUAACUUUAUAACGCAGUCGCUUUGCAGUAAGCUAAAAUUACCUACACGUUCCGCCAACUACCGAUACAGUCAUCAUCAAAAUUUACGCAUUCUUGUAACUUGUCUAUAAGAAAUCUGGACAACAAUUUGAAAAGGGUUUGCCAUCUUCCAAAUCCACUUGCCAUUACAACGCAUCACAACUAUUAAAUCCAGCUGGAUUGAAUCGCGAGUCAGGUUUUCGAUCUUUAAUAAAUACAUUUUCUAACUUCAAUCGUCUUAUAAGAGUAAUGUCAUAUGUGCAACGUUUUGUAUAUAAUCUUAAAAACAAAAAUAACAAACAAACCGGUUUACCUACUAAGGAUGAAUUAGAUCAAGCCUUAAAAAGCGUAAUGCAGAACGCUCAAAUUGAUAUGUUUCCCGACGAAUACGUUUUGUUAAAAAAGGGUAAAUCGACCUCGUAAGAAUAGACUUUCGUCUUUGAGUCCGUUCAUAGACGGCGACGGUAUCAUACGUGUAGGCGGAAGGCUUGAAAACUCAUCUUACGAAUAUAAUAUAAAACAUCCUAUUUU